AUGGAUAGCAUCGAAGAGAAAUCGAUAAAUAAAAAAUACUGCUUGAGGGAGAGUAUUAGUCUUUGUAUUGUCUGUACUCUUCUUUCCAUAAUAUUUGUUUAUCAUUGGAGGCCUUUGCCGAGUUUUCCUGUCGCUGAAUAUUGUUACGAUGUUCCACGUAUUAAAAAUAAUACUGAAGUGUUCUAUGUUGGGAAAGAUGCUUGUAAUACUAUGAAUCAAACGAGCUUCGCAAUUCAAAACUAUUUUGGCUUAGUUUCUUUACAGAUCGAGAGUAACAGCUUCCAAUUUGUAAAUUCCUUUGUAUUGAAUACUUUACCGAAGUUGAAGGAGAUUCAAAUAGGAGACAAUAGUUUUGAGGGUUUAUCUAGUCAGAGUGGCUAUCGAUUCAGCAUUUCCAAAUGUACUCAGCUGAGCUCUGUUUCUAUUGGGAGAAAGUCAUUUUCUCAGUAUUCUGAUGAAUUUGAGAUUCGAGAAUGUCCUUCUUUAGAGCGGAUCGUCCUCCAGGGAUUCAACUUCCAAUCGCCUCGCCUGGUGUUAGAUGAAUCACUUCAUUUAACGAAAUUGUCUGUUUUCGAAAUCGGUCCCUCGAGUUUCUGGAAUACGGAGCAGUUUGAAAUCAAUAGUUUGCCGAACCUACAAUCGAUCACAAUCGGUGAUGAAAGUUUUAAUGGAGCGAUACAAGAUCAUUCAUCUUUCCAAAUUGCAAAUUGUCCUUUACCAUACGCAACUGUUCAAAGGGAGCCGAACCACGUACUUCUGGAGACUCUACUUUGA